AUGGAAGCAGAGGAAGAUCUCCACAUGAAUAAUGGUGUUGGCCAAACUAGCUAUGCAAAUAACUCCACUCUUCAAAGAGUGAUGAUAUCAACUGCGAAACAAACUCUGAAAGAAAGCAUUACUGAAGCUUAUUGUAACAACAAAGCGUUCCCAGAGUGUUUAAGAAUAGCGGACUUGGGUUGCUCCUCAGGCCCCAACACACUAAUUGUGGUGUCCGAUAUUCUUGACAUCAUCGAAUCCAUAUGCACCCAAUCCUUGAACAAGAAAAACCUACCUCGAGCCUUCCAAGUUUUCCUCAACGAUCUUCCUGGGAACGAUUUCAACACCAUCUUCCAAUCUCUUUCGAGCUUCUAUGAAAGGCUAAAGAAAGAAAAAGGCGACAAGUUUGAGCAUUGCUUCAUCGCAGCUUCACCGGGGAGUUUCUAUGGGAGGCUUUUCCCUAAUAAUUCAAUGCAUAUUGUUCAUUCUUCUAGUAGUUUGCAUUGGUUGUCACAAGUUCCAAAGGAGUUAGUAAAUAAACAAACAAGAGAAGCAUAUAACAAAGGAAACAUUUGUGUUUCAAACACAAGUCCUCCUAUGGUUUUCAAAAUAUAUUUGGAGCAAUUUCAAAAGGAUUUCACAAAUUUCUUAAGAUGUCGUUCUGAAGAAAUUGUCAAUGGUGGUGUUAUGGUAUUUACAAUUAUUGGCAGUACUAAAAGUGAUUCUCCUCAGAGUAUUUUGGAAAUAUUGGGAAGAGCAUUGAAUGACAUGGCCAUGCAGAAUAUAAUUGAAGAAGAAAGCUUGAACAAUUUCAACAUGCCAUUAUAUUGUCCAAGUGAAAGGGAAGUGAGAAAUGUGAUUGAAGAAGAAGGCUCAUUCUUUCUACAUAAGCUGAAUAUUUUUGAGACUACUUGGGAUGCAGGUUUCACUACUCAUCAAAAUAAUAAUAAUAAUUACAAUAAUAAUCUAAUUGAGAGAGGAAAAUAUGUUUCUGAUUACAUGAGAGCAGCUAUGGAGUCUAUUUUGGUGAAACAAUUUGGAGAAACUAUAAUUGAUGAAUUAUUUAAGAGGCUUGCUAAUAAGGUCAUUGAGUCCAUGACCAAAGAAAAUUGGCAAUACAAGAACUUGGUUAUUUCUUUGAUUAAGAAAUAAUUAAGUAUAUAAUCUUACUUAAUGAACUAUAGCUAGCUACUCUGAGAUUUGUUAUUCAUCAGUUGUUUGUUUGUGUGUUUUUGUAUGAGAAUUUAUUAAGUGUAUUUGUAAUAUUUUCACUAAAAUUCGUGACACUAAUUAAAAUAAAAAAAAGUUAUGAAAGUUUAAUUGGAGAAACUAUAAUAAUAGAUGAAUUAUUUAAGAGGUUUGUAAAUGAACUUGGUUAUUUUUUUUUAUUAUUAUGUUGAGUGUACACUAUCAAAGUUCUGCAUUGUUUAGAAAUGAGAAUCAAUUGGUAUGAAGUCUUUUGGGUAGAAUACAAAAGCAAAUUCAUGAGAGUUUGGACCCAUAUUGAUGUAGAGAUUUAUGGUGUCUAACGUCUUAACAAUACGAGCAUUACUAUUAGGCACCUGCUUAGCACUUUCUCGACAUGUUGCGUUGCGAUUAGCUAACGAUACUCCUUAAAAGCUAUUAUAUUAAACUAUAUGGCCAUAUAAGAAAAAGUCUUUAACAUAGGAAGAUGGUAGGCACUACUGGUGUACUUUAUCAUUUCUCUAACAAUAUAUAUCUAAUGAGAAUUGCUAAAAAACACUAUUGAUGCUUAGCACUCUUUUCGGUGUCAUACUGUUAUUAGUGUAAUUAAAUAUCGGAUCCCAUAUAAAUUUUUAAAAUAAUUUUUUGAAAAUAUCGCUACCUAGUUAUAAAGUAUCACAUAAAAAGUGUUCGACAAUACUAGUGUCUAAUAGCAAUGCUAUAUAUCU